AUGCACUCUGGUGACUUGCUGGUUGAAGUUUGCUCCAAAAAGCAAGCCCAGCAAAUCAUAAAAUUAAAAUUUCUGGCAACUAUACCCGUUACUGUUAGCUCCCACAUGUCACUUAACGAUUCAAAAGGUGUAAUUACAUGUGGAGAGCUUUUUAACGUCCCGCUAGAGGAAAUAACAAUGGAACUGAAACCGCAAGCAGUGACAAAUGUACGCCAAAUUAAUAUUCGCAGGAAUGGACAACUCCUUCCCACCAAACACUACAUCAUUACUUUUCAUAGUCCGAAAUUACCUGAAUUUUUAUAUGCAGGUUAUAUAAAAUUACCAGUGCGGCCAUAUAUUCCAAACCCUUUGCGAUGUUUUCAAUGCCAGCGCUUUGGGCAUUCAAAAGCUAACUGCCGCGGGACCCUCACUUGCGCCCGCUGUGCAGAAAAGGGACAUGACAGCCAGCAGUGUUGCGCACCAGAAAAGUGCGUAAACUGCGAAGGCAAUCAUACAUCUUUCUCCCGAACUUGUGAACGCUGGCAAUUAGAAAAAAAGAUAGUAGCAAUUAAAGUAAAAGAAAACUUAUCCUAUCCUGAGGCCAGGCGAAAGGUUUUGGUCCAAACCCCUAAACCUGGCAUAAGUUAUGCUGCUGCUGUACAGAAACCAUUCUGCGAAAACUGUUCAUGCAACAACUGCACAAAAAGCAAACCAAAAACAAAACCCAACCAUAAAAAUUCAGAUUCUGAAACAAAGAACUCUACAACCAGUACUCCUGAACCCCGUCAAACAGAAACACAAAAAACAAAAUCCAAAUCCAAUAAAUCCCUCAAGCUGAAGCUAUCAAAACGAGGCCUAUCUGCAAAAGAUUUAAAUACGAAAUUUAAAAAAUCAACGCUACGUACAUCUGUCGCCCUGGGACUAGCAAAUCAGGGUGUCGUCCAUAAGGACUUAACGUAUUUUUGGUGGAACAUCUAA